AUGUCCGACUCCAAACGUCGCUUGGCCCCGGCUCCGACCGGUGCAAACGCCGGCCCCGAUGCUCAACAGCGCAGGAAGAAUGUCGGCACCGCGUGUCUGGCCUGUAAAGCGCGCAAACUGAAGUGCACCGGCAACUCGCCCUGCGCCAACUGCGUCAAACACGGCCUCGAAUGCACCCUCAACCAAGCCGCCGACAAACGCCGUCGCGGCCACAUGAAGCGCAAGAUCGACCUCCUCGAAGAUAAAGAAGACCUCCUGAUCGGCCUGGUCGGCAUCCUGCGCGAGAGCGGCAACCGACGCACCAUUCCCCUCCUAAACCUGAUCCGCAGCAACGCCUCCCUGACCGAGCUGCGCCAUUACAUCGACCACGAACUACCGCGGGCCGAUCUGGCGCGGACACCUGAAUUGGUGGAGGUCUGCAAUGAGGUACAACGGUUGCAGCAGAACGAGGCCCGGUCCGUUCGUCGCAUCCUCGAUGCGAAGCGCCUGUCGGAUAUUCCGCGCUUUCGCGUCCCGGCUGGUCCGUGGACCACUGUCACCGAGGACGAUGACUUCGUGUCGCAUCUCGUCUCCUUGUGGUUUACGUGGUGUCAUCCGUUCUGUAACUGGGUUGAUCGCUCGAGGUUCUUGCGCGAUAUGAAGGCGGGGUCUAAGGCGGGGGCGGCGUAUUGUUCGCCGUUUUUGGUCAAUAUCAUUCUGGCGGAUGCGUGUGCGUAUUCGGAUUAUCCCGAGGCGUGUGCGAAAGCGGAGGAUCCGACGACGAGAGGGUCGCAUUUCUACGACGAGGCGAAACGGUUGCUGGAGAAGGAGGAAGGCAGGAUUUCUCUUCCGACGGUACAGGGACUGGGAGUGCUGUGGACUUGUGCCGCCAUGACCGGUCGGGACCGCCAAGGUUGGAUCUAUCGCAGCCAACUCGCAUAUUCCGUACAAGAGCUCUCUCACACUUACUCGGUUUUGGCGCCGAAAACCGACGAGGAUACUCUGCGCAUGGUCCGAGUGAUCAGCAACACUCACUGGGGCCUGUUCAAUAUCGCCACGGUGCACGCUUUGUUCGAGAAGAAGAUGCCGCCCAUCAAGCCGCCGCAACGAGUGUCCUUGCCGCCGGUCAGUCACGAUUCCGACCAGGAUGACUGGCAGCCGUACCCAACCUUCGCCGAGGGGAUUCGGUCGCACACGGACUGUCUGUUCAACGCCCUCUGCCAGUUAAACCUGAUCACGUACGACCUAUGCGCCCUUCUCUUCCGCGGCGACCCGGAUUGGUCCCCUGUCGAGUGCGACCGUCAUAUCGAGGACGCGCAUACCCGGUUACGCCAGUGGUCCGAUCGACUGCCGGACUGUCUAAAGGGGAAUCAGAUUGAAGCUCCGCAUAUUUUGUCUUUACACAUGUAUUACCACGCCAUUAUAAUGACUCUUUACGGCCUCUCAAAUACCCUCCCAUCAUCAUCCCCAAAUUCGCACACUCACCCUCAUUCUCAGUACCAUAACCACCUCCACCUGGAGGAUUCCUACAACCACCCCCGCCUCUCCUCCGCCCGCGCCAUCUCCCAACUUCUCCGCAUCCACCGCACCUCGUGGGGCGUCGACCGCAUGCCCGUCCACAACAUCCACUUCAUCGCGGCCGCCCUCUUCGCGCUGCUCGACCACCUCUCCGACCCGGCGAACCGCGACGCCUUCGUGAACAUCAGCGUCACGGCGAAGGCGUUCUCCCGACGCUGGAAAUCCAGUAAGGCGAUACUGAGGUCGUUGCGUGCCACGGCCCGCGAAAGAGCGACUGAGUUACCGACCGAGACGGAACCGUUGUUUGCGGUGUUGGAAAUUCAGGGUCAGGGCCAGGCUUCUUUGCAGGGGCAGGGACUCGGCGUGUUGUACGGAAACGGCCAAGCUUCUCGGUCGGCUAAUUCAAAGGGGAGAGAGGAAACGGUUGUGUCGACGGAGGGGGGCAGUAGUGAUCUUUCUUGA